AUGGCCUAUGACCACUCUGUGGCCAUCUGCCAACCCCUGCACUACGGGACCCUCCUGGGCAGCAGAGCUUGUGUCCACAUGGCAGCAGCUGCCUGGGGCAGUGGGUUUCUCCAUGCUCUCCUGCACACGGCCAAUACAUUUUCCCUGCCCCUCUGCCAGGGCAAUGCCCUGGACCAGUUCUUCUGUGAAAUCCCCCAGAUCCUCAAGCUCUCCUGCUCACACUCAGACUCCCUCAGGGAAGUUGGGCUUCUUGUGGUCAGUGCCUUGGUUGCUUUUGUUGGUUUUGUGUUCAUCGUGCUGUCCUACAUGCAGAUCUUCAGGGCCGUGCUGAGGAUCCCCUCUGAGCAGGGACGGCACAAAGCCUUUUCCACGUGCCUCCCUCACCUGGCCGUGGUCUCCCUGCUUGUCAGCACUGGAAUAUUUGCCUACCUGAAGCCCCCCUCCAUCUCUUCCCCAGUUCUCAAUCUGGUGGUGGCUGUGCUGUACUCAGAGGUGCCUCCAUCAUACAGCUGUCUCAACACAAAUAUUGCUUUCUCCCACUUCUUCAGAGGGUGA